AUGCAGGGGGGCGGCAAAAAAAAAGGCGGCCUCGACCCCCAAAAAAAGGCGGCCUCGACCCCCUCCCUUGGCCCCUCGGGUGUGUUCCCCUCCUCCUCCCCUCCUCUCUGUCAUAGUAUUCCUGGUUCUCCGUGCUUCUAGUCGUGGUUUUCUGUAUAUUCUCCCCUUUUCUUUCUCUAGGCGUUUUUAUUUUAUUUUACUGGGGCUCAUAAAUUGCAAUCCUUCGGGUUGGCUGGGACCGCUAGAAAAAGAGCUAAAAGAGGUUAUAAAGCAACGACGGCAAGCAAUUGGGUGAAAGUCAAACCCCUGCGCGCAAAGAGCGCUGCGCAGAUCAAAACCCGCCGAGCACCUAACGCGGACUCCAACGGGCGGUGA